AUGGACAAGCGGCGUAAUUUUCAAAUCCAUUUGCUAGUCAGCUCGGAGAAAUGUUUUUGCAGCGUCUUCAUUCUGGGUGUGAAUUUUCCUGAGCGGAAUCUCGUCAAGGCAAGCGCAUCUCUGUCCCAAAGACUCAGACCACCCGGCCAUUUCUCUAAAUCCCUCGAGACGUUCUUCGGUGUUGGCCCCCAGGUUUCUGCACGUCUCCUCGCCCGCUUCCACAUCCACCCCACAUGUAAGGUUGGCGAGCUUGCGAACAAGCAGGUUCUGGACCUUACAGCUGCUUUAUCCGACAUGAAGAUCGAGAAUGAUCUCCGGAGGCAGAUUCUUGAUGAUAUCAAGCGGCUGAAGGAGUCGGGUUCAUACCGUGGCAGACGCCAUGCGUUGGGAUUGCCGGUUAGGGGACAGAGAACGAGGACACAGGCAGAGAAUGCGAAACUAAAAGCAGAUGAGAUAUCUUCUUCGGUAUGUGCUCUUUCAUCUCUCCAAAACGAAUCUCAUAGUGUCUAA